AUGGCCCAGAUCCUGUCAAUCUACGGACUUGUGACCAGCGUGAUCAUAAGCAACAACUUGGCCGAGAAGAUGGCGCUCUUUACAGGAUUCAUCCAGCUUGGUUCCGGCAUGGCUGUCGGACUAUGUGGGAUGGCUGCUGGAUUUGCGAUUGGCAUUGUCGGUGACGCUGGAGGGCCAACGUUCAACAGCCUCGCUUGUAUACAGCUAUGGUGCUGA